AGUCUUUGUGUCUAGGUACAUGCCAGGGAAAAUACAGCAGAUCUUGUCUGAAGUUCCUUGUGAUAUAAAAGCAACCUUUGGUUUGGGUUUGUUCUCAGUGAGAACUUAGAAGGCUGUGAGCCUGCUUUGGGAGUCAGGAUUGCACACCCCCUCCUCUGCGUCUCCCUGGAUGAAGGCGCUGGAUGCCCUCUGCUAGCGGGUUCAGGCUGUUUGUUCUCAUAGAAGCCCUAACAACACUGCAGUGCUGUUUAAUGUGCAGACAUUAGUACCGUGGACCUUCACGGGAAGUAAAUGCUUUUUUACAAAAACAAACAUACUUGACACGUUGGGGCCUGGAUGUGAUUUUAGGAUAGCUUGACCUCUGCCUUUGAAUUUGCAACCCUUGCCAGUUCUGCAAUUGUGACCUCUCUGGAUUCCUGUGUUUAAGCAUGACUCUGGUGCUGUCGAGUUGGGUUAAGCUUUGUGACACAAAUGCAACACCCCCCCCCCCGACACACACAUACCACUUGGCAGUGUGGCCAGUGUGUAGCCUGAGUGAAAAUAUGGGAGGGAUUUGUGUUUCCUCUCGCACUGUGACCGGGUGCUCUGCUUGUCUCUAGGUAACUUAACUCAUUGAUUCUUUGUUUCUCUGUGGUGGGGGCCGGGUGACAGAGGCUGACAUCAGGUGCCUUCCUCUGCCGUGCUGCCUCCAUCUCUAACCCCAGUGCUCACAAGCACUGCAAGGGACCCCCUCGUCUCUGUGACUCCCCUUCACGUAUGCCCAAGGCUCCGGACUCAAGUCCUCAUGUUUACUGAUGGAGCCGACUCCCCACCCAGUCCUAGCUCUGUGUGUGUUAUUAGUCCCUGAAGAAAAUGAUGAAAUUACUGUGUUCCGCGGUUGCUCGUAGGACUUGACUGUAUUUGCAAGCCUCAGCAGCUGCAAAUGGCAUCUUCUCGUAAAGAAGGGAAUGGCGCUGCGCUGUAACCGGCCCCUUGUUCCCUUCUGUGGUCAGCAGUGCCGUCACCGGAGCCUCUCACCAUUAGCAUGGGUCCCGGGUUUGUGUCACGGCGUCCUCAAGAAAUGAGAUCACUCUGCACCAAUGCUUUGGCCUCACGUUCCGUGAGGCUGGUUGGCCCCAGUGUGCUAUUGGGCAGCCUCUGGAUCAGUACUCCAUCUCCUUCCUCUCACCUUGAAGACGUUAAAGAAAAUGAAACUUCAUGCCACCCUGCACCCUUGUUUUCAAACUUUGAUGUCCUCGGAAUCCAGUUGCUCUACCAAACUGUAUGGGGUUGGCCUGUCUGUAGCCUGUUCCUGGGACCAUGGCCUCGAAGCCUGACUCCUCUCUUCAGGUGUUUUCUAUCCUUUCCCUCUCUGUGCUCACUCUCCCUUCGCUCUGUGGAUCAUCCUUGCCUCCUCUUGCACAGCUGCUUUCUGUUCUUGCUUUACAAAAACAGUUGCUCUUCCCCCACGUUUUCCCAUCAGCCCAUCUCUCCACGAGGCACUGUGCUGUCACAGCCAUCUCUUCUCUUGGGGCGUAGCUUAUACGAAGCAUGACCUUGCCCGAACUUUAUUUGGAUGCGGGUUGGACAUUUGUUCAACAUGGUUUACCCCUGGAGGAAGCGAGCUCAUCUUGCCUGGCUGUUUACAGGAAGUUCCCAGUUCAGAAGCUCUGAGUCGUUGUCCUGACUGGACUUUCAGAGCUCAAGCAUCCGCUCCAUCGCUCCCGGCUGCACACGGGAUGUGGCUAUAGCUCUGUGCGCUCUUCAGCAGAGUGUGUCCCUUGCACCUCUCCUGUCACUAGGAGAGGGACCCAGGCUUUGUGUUUGGGGUGUCCCCUGGCCUUCGGGAGUGCACACUGUUGGCGCAGGCGUUACCUCACCUGAUCUUCCCAGCAUGCACCUUUAUUUGCAUUCGGGCCUCGGCAGUUGAGUGCCCUCUUCCCAGACGGAGAGGCACUUUUAGACACCACUGGUCAGGCAUCUGGGCUGUUUCUAGUCAGUUCAGUUCUUCUGAGAGGGCCUUGCUCUCACAGGAUCUGUCCUUGUUUUCAGAUAGGGUCUCCACAGACUCCCGGCAAUCCUUCUGCAUCCGCCUCCUACGUGCUGGGAUCCUAGGCAUGGGCCACCAGGCCUAGUUGGGCAGUGGCUCUCAUCUCCUUUGCCCCAAGCAGAACUGAGAAGGGGAAGGCUGGCCUGAACUUUGCUGCUAUGCUGCGUUAACACCAAGGUCUUGGCCAGGCUAUGGACAGCGUGACCUUGAACAAGUUGAUUGGUCCCCUAGGACCCAUGUCCCCUUCUAUAAAGAAAAGGUCAAAUGAGAUGGAUAGGAAAAGUCUAGCUCUGGCCGCCCGUAAUGGGUAACAUCAAAAGAUCCAGGGGGUGGGGCAGCCAGUCUGAGCCCCCUUAUGAGAAGGAUCCCAGGAGCCUGACUUACAGAACUGUGACAAGAACCAGCUGCUACGUGUGCCCACAACACACCUAAGGGACCAGAGAUGGCCACAGGUUAUCUCUGUAAGAGCUAAAGACAGAGCAGGCUGUCCUAGGUGACUAGAGAAAAUGGCCUGCAAAGAAAGAAGGGACAGAGACGAGUGUGUGUGUUCCCUCCCCUCCACUCCCGUAGGCCUAAGCGCCAAGCCUUCCCAGCUGGCCAGGGCCCCAGGGCCCCAAGCAGGACCUGAUCACCCCUCCUGCAGAAACCUCCAUCUCAGCUAUGCAGGACCUCAGCUAAUAAACAUUUGACUUUCUCAUUGCAGUUGCUAAUAUACAAACCUUGAGUUGUGCACUGCUAAAAAUACAGACUCUGCAGAGAGCCCCAGGGAAGGAGGUACCCCAGGGACGGAGAUGGGUCUAAGGGGUCAGGUCCUGGCUGGGCACACACAGGGCAUGUGUGUGACUUCAGGAGAGUGACUGGACACUGACAAAGGGAUAAGAAGGGAGACCGUCACCCACUGCUGGGCAUUCCCUAUGACCUGCCAGUUGGGGCUUCUGCCCCAGUGAGCUUCAGUCACUCGCAUUUCUGUGGGAGCCACCUGUGCUAGCCACAAAAGGGGCCGGCAAGAUGGCUCAACAGGCUUGUUGCCAAGCCUCAUGACCUAAGUUCAAUUCCUGGGAGCACACGGUAGAGGGAGAGAACUGACUUUUACAGUUGUCCUGUAACCUUCACAUGUGCUGCCUUCCCAACUCCCAACAUCAAAGUGUAGAAGAGAAACGAGAAGGGACGGCUGCAUCAGGCUCAUCAUGUCCUGCCCGAGGGAGAAGGAAGACCUGGUGUGCUGGCCCCCAUCCAUCUCAGGCAUCCGGUGAGUCAGUGGCCAGCUCUAUGCAUUCUGCCCGAUACCCGAGCCCAGCCGAGCUGGACGCCUAUGCUGAGAAGGUGGCCAACAGCCCACUGUCCAUCAAGAUCUUCCCCACCAACAUCCGAGUGCCGCAGCACAAGCACCUGGGGCGCACGGUCAACGGCUACGACACCAGCGGCCAGCGCUACAGCCCCUACCCUCAGCACAGCACCGGCUACCAGGGCCUGCUGGCCAUCGUCAAGGCCGCCGUCUCCUCCAGCGCGGCCACACCCACCGGGCCCACCAAAAGCGUGCUCAAGAGUGUGGAGGGCAAGCGGACUAAGCUGUCACCCGCCACCGUGCAAGUGGGCAUCGCACCCUACCCGGUGCCCAGCACCCUGGGGCCCUUGGCCUACCCGAAGCCACCCGAGGCACCUGCCCCACCACCCAGCCUGCCUGCAGCAGCCACUGCCACCUCUGUGAUCCCUCUGCCGGGUCGGGGCCUGCCCCUGCCACCCUCCAACUUACCCUCUAUCCACAGCAUCCUCUACCAACUCAACCAGCAGUGCCAGGCCCCAGGUGUUGCACCAAGCGCCUGCCAGGGCGUGGCUGUGCCCCACCCCAGUCCAGCCAAGCAUGGCCCAGUGCCCAGCUUUCCGAGCAUGGCUUACUCGGCCACAGCCGGUCUGCCAGACUGCCGGAAAGGCACAGAACUGAGCCAGGGAGCCACACCAGCCCUGACGCUGGCUGGGGCCGCCAAACCUGCAGGGUAUGCGGAAGGCGGCCUGGAUUACCUGCUGUGGCCGCAGAAGCCGCCUCCGCCCCCGCCCCAGCCGCUUCGAGCCUACGGUAGCAGCACUGUAGCCAGCAAGUCCCCUGAGACUUGUGGCGGACGGGCGUUUGAGCGAGCCAACGGGUCCCCCCACAACUGCGGCGUGGGGCUGCCCGCCAGCUUCACCGUGGGCCAGUACUUCGCUGCCCCCUGGAACAGUGUUCUGGUGACGCCAACCAGCGACUGCUACAAUCCAGCAGCGGCUGCCGCCGCCGUAGUGACAGAGCUGGGGCCUGGGGCCGCCCGGGAGCUGAGCGGGCCUCCUGCAGACACGCUCUCAGGCCUGACCAGCAAGAGCGUGUGCAACACGGCGGUGCUGAGCAGCAGCCUGCAGUCGCUGGAGUAUCUCAUCAACGACAUCCGGCCGCCCUGCAUCAAGGAGCAGAUGCUGGGCAAGGGCUACGAGACGGUGGCCGUGCCCCGGCUGCUGGACCACCAGCACGCCCACAUCCGCCUACCUGUCUACAGAUAAGGUCUGCCCUGCGGGCACAUGGACAGAUGGACAGGGUGCUGGGGGUCGGCAGGCCGAGGCACAGGGCAGGAGGCCAGCGGGGCACCCCACCUGCCCCGUGGCCAUGUGUCUACAGGGAAGCCAGGCUGGUUACCUCCUCACUGCGAUGGGCAGGCAGGUUGACCUCACACCAGGGCUUCUCCCAUACACACUUGUGGCCCCAGGAAGUAGGGAGGGGCCAGGGCUGCCCACAAGGCCCAUCCUUCAUCUAGUCAGGGAGGGGAGGACCUUCUACAAACAGGAAGUUCCUUCUGGGUCUCCAGCAGAGGGGUGCUCUAGUCAGCACUGGGUCUCUACCCACAAUCCCCUGGUCUCUCAGACAAGGAGCCAAAGGGGAUCUGUAGCAAGUCCCUGGGUCCAAGUGCCCCGCCCCCACCAACUAAUCCAGGUGAAGACCACCCUGACUCCAUACUCAGAGGCCUCAGGACUACCAGCCCCUGUUCCUCGUGACUCUCCCCGACCCACCCUUCCUGCUAGGAAUCGUGCCCCAGCCCUACCCUGUCCACCCUGGACCGACCUUUUCUCCGUUCCCUCCAACACAUCUUACAGGGCUGCCGGGAACAGUUGGUGCAUUGCACAGGGCACCUUGCCGAGACGCCACUGCAUCUAGACUUGUAUAGUUAUUGCAAUUGUCUGCAUUUCAAGGAAGGGACACCAUUUUCCUAUUCGCACAAAGAUGUCACAGGGGGCUGACAAGGAGCCUGUAAACUCAGGUUCCAUUCACAAGGACGAUCUUGCCUUCUUCCUAUGUGGGGUCUCCUGGGGACCAGGGAGAGGGUGAUCCGCUGGCUGUAACUGGAAUACCCAGUCCAGCCCCGUUUCUGCACUUCCCCUCCCCCGGGCCUGGCCUGCACCUCUGUGGGGGGUUGGUAAGCCCAGGAAGUCCUCAAGGCCUGCAGUCCCCUGGCCUAGGCCCCAGGCGCUCCAGCCGCGGUACUGUACCAAGGCCUGUCUGAGCACUAAGUGCAUUUACAAAUCUCUGAGAAUGUUUUUUUUAUACUAAAAUUGACCAUUAUAUUCUACUGUGAGAAGUGCAGUCUGCACUAUAUUGUUUUAAAAACGAAGAGAAAGAGAAAAAAAAAGGAAAACGGA